AUAACUGCUUGUCAUUAUCGUUCAUCAGGAGAAUGAAAACUGCUAGACUUCUUCGAAGGAAGCAUUUCGACAUCAAGCACACGUUCAGCCAAGUGCCCUGUUGUCAUAAUGAAGCUGAUUGCACUUCUGUUCAUCAACUGUGUGGCUAUCGUUGCUAGCGACCAGUAUGCUCUCAGCGGAACAGUCGAGAAAGUGACGAAGCAACCAAAUCAAUGGAUGAUCGUUAAGACUUCCGGUGAUAAAACCAUUGAACAAGUCGUGAUCCAGAAGGAGAUCACCGCGGAGGAUGACUUAAUGGUGAAAUAUUCAAUCAAGGAUCGUUCCGAUGCUAUAAUUGCUGAAGGUAAUGGCCCCCUCUGCGAUGACUCUGAAAGCAUGGCGAGAAUGAUGGCAGAUUUACUGGGACUAUACCUCGAUGUGGAUCUCCAAUGCCCGAUAUCAAAACAAAAGGGUACCAAGCCCUCAAGCUACCAGUCUGGACCGAUUGAGCUCGCGGAAGAUCCGGGCCAGGGAGCGAAACUCUGGAGCGAGAUUUCUCUUACGAAGAAUGACCAAGCUAUAGUCACUAUAAAUACGUAUGGCAGAGCCAUGUAGGGUCAGCAUAAUUUUAUCUCCGUCCCACGUAAUGUUCACUUGUAGCCCUGUCUCCCUCUUCAGGAAGCGAAGGAAAAGGUUAUGCUGUUUUAAGAAUACAAGAAUGCUUCGUAAAUCUGCUGAAGAAUAUGCAAUACAAAAUAUCAAUGGGAAUAAAUAUUGUUUACUUUGA